CAGCAGUCAGUGUGCGGAUCGGGCUGUGUUUCCCUGCUGCGAAUCCUAUAGGAGUUUGGGAGAAACUGCCUAGCGUACCCGGGCAUCACUUGGCAUAGGGGCAGCAGCCGCAGCAGCAUCACCGCUCUGAAAUGAUCGUUCCUCACUCCAGGUUCUGCUGAAGGGGGUCAUUCUCUCUGUUUAACCCUGUGGAUUCCUUGUGGGAUUUUGCUUUGGAAAGAGAAGGGUUUAUCCCAAGUUUUGUGCGAUCGCCUUGAGUUGUAGCGCAGCCGUGCGGGACAAGCUGAGUUCCAUGAGCAGUGAUGAACAAGGCUUGCCUGGGAGAGCUGCUCGCAUCCCUCUCAUUGGAUUACUAAUGGGACUUUACAUGAGCUAGCCGGGAGUACUGCGCUGCCUGAUCCCAAGGGUGAAGUAAAACGUAAAGACUUUGCGCUAAACUACUAUGAGGUCAGAAGGUUUGCUGCUAUACUUCACGAUACUACAGUUUGCUAGGGCAGGAUUUCCAGAAGACUCAGAGCCUAUCAGUAUUUCGCAUGGCAACUACACAAAACAGUAUCCGGUAUUUGUGGGGCACAAACCAGGAAGAAACAGCACACAGAGGCAUAAGAUGGACAUCCAGCAGAUCGUGAUAAUGAACCGGACUCUAUACAUUGCCGCUAGGGACCACAUCUACACAGUCGACUUGGAGACGUCAUACACAGAGGAAAUCUUUUUCAGCAAAAAACUGACAUGGAAAUCUAAACAGUCUGAUGUAGACACCUGCAGAAUGAAGGGGAAGCAUAAGGAUGAAUGCCAUAAUUUUAUUAAGGUCCUGCUAAAGAGGGAUGAAGAUACAUUGUUUGUCUGUGGAACCAAUGCUUUUAAUCCUUCCUGCAGGUACUAUAAGAUGGAUACGCUUGAAUUUCUUGAUGAAGAAAUAAGUGGGAUGGCAAGGUGCCCAUAUGAUGCUAAGCAUGCCAACGUGGCAUUGUUUGCAGAUGGCAAGCUUUACUCUGCAACCGUGACCGAUUUCCUCGCCAUUGAUGCUGUCAUUUAUAGAAGUCUGGGGGAUGGUCCAACUUUGCGGACUGUCAAGUAUGAUUCCAAGUGGCUGAAAGAGCCAUACUUUGUGCACGCUGUGGAUUAUGGUGACCUUAUCUACUUCUUCUAUCGUGAAAUUGCAGUCGAAUACAACAGCAUGGGAAAGGUGGUUUUCCCAAGAGUCGCCCAGGUGUGCAAAAAUGACAUGGGGGGAUCUCAGAGGGUGCUCGAAAAACAGUGGACAUCAUUCCUUAAAGCUCGAUUAAACUGCUCGGUUCCCGGGGAUUCACACUUCUAUUUCAACAUUUUGCAAGCCGUUACAGACGUGAUUCAUAUUAAUGGCCGAGAUGUUGUCUUGGCUACUUUUUCGACACCAUACAACAGCAUCCCCGGCUCGGCUGUUUGUGCCUAUGAUAUGGCUGACAUUGCAAGCGUAUUCACUGGGAGAUUCAAGGAGCAGAAGUCCCCAGAUUCAACAUGGACCCCAGUACCAGAUGAACGAGUGCCGAAGCCGAGGCCAGGCUGCUGUGCUGGGUCUGCAACAGUGGAAAGAAUAACAAAGUCAAACGAACUUCCUGACGAUACUCUUAAUUUCAUUAAAACCCAUCCCCUCAUGGACGAGGCUGUGCCAUCAGUAAUAAACAGACCUUUAUUUCUCCGGACCAUGGUUAGGUAUCGGUUAACCAAAAUAGCAGUUGACACGGCAGCUGGGCCAUACCAGAACCACACAGUCGUUUUCUUGGGAUCAGAGAGAGGCAUUGUUCUCAAAUUUCUGGCAAGGACCGGAUACAGCGGCUUCCUUAGCGACAGUCUCUUUUUGGAGGAGAUGAAUGUUUACAACUCAGAAAAGUGCAGCUUUGAUGGUGCAGAAGACAAAAGAAUCCUGGGGAUGCAACUUGACAAACACAACAAUGCUCUGUAUGUGGCGUUCUCCACCUGUGUAGUUUCAGUUCCCCUUGCAAGAUGUGAUCGCCAUACAAAGUGCAAAAAGACUUGCAUUGCUUCCAGAGACCCAUACUGUGUGUGGUUACGGGAAGGUGGGACGUGUUCACAGCUGUUAACUGGUACUAAAGUGCCAUUUGAGCAGGACGUAGAGCAUGGCAAUACAGACGGCUUAGGCGACUGCCAAAAUUCUUUUGUGGCAUUGAAUGAAUUUGCAACUUCUCCUCCACCAGAUCAGGAAAUAUAUUACCACACAGUGUAUGAUCCCAGCACCACUUCCUACUCCAGAGUGCAUGAGGGAUACGAUAGGGGAAGCAUGUUGGAUUGGAAAGACAUCUAUGACUCCUCUGAGAAUACAGAUCCACACGUCGCAGACUCUUUUCAUAAUCACCAAGACAAAAAGGGGCACUCAGCAAAGAAAAACGUGGCUGUUGUACAACAUGAGGAGCCCGAAAUCAUUGAACCACAGGAGAAGAAAGUGGCUGCUUUGCACAUGAUGACUCCACAUGCAGGUAAUGCUGAGACGAUCAAACGGGAGGACUAUGUUGUCUUAGAAAUGGAGGAAGUCGUUUCAAAAACGGAAAAAGAUCACAAAGCAAAAAUGCUCGAUGCCCCAUUUCCCGAGCCUACCAAUGUACCAUAUAUGAUGUCUCAACUCUUCAGUGAUCAAAUACCUGCACAGAGUAAGGAACACAAUGAAUUUCUUUAUGCAGAGCAGAAACAGUAUAGAAGAACGAUUUCAAGAAAUUUAAAUAUCCUUAAUACACAUGUGAAGGACCUGAGUAAGUCCAUCAAGCAAAUCACAGCAUCACAAAAAACGACUUCCCAGCUGAUUAUUCAGCAGAACACAAUCUUGGAGAAAAUUGCUUCCAACCUUCUAAUAAUGUCCCAGCAUCAUCAGAUAUCCACACAGCAGUUUAUUCGAGCCAUUCAGCAGGGCAUACACGUGUUAAGUUCAUCUAAGGAAACAUCUUCCAACUGUAGAAGUGAACGUAUAUGCGAUACAUCAUAGAAAUUGAAAUUAGAAAGUGCCCCUGAAUCAAUCAUUAUGAGGACUGCCUACACAUUUGGUCUGUUAUCACCAAUCAGCUGGAAAUCUGCAAUGCCAAACAUUGGAGAAUUCAAAUCAGCCUAAUUCUGCAUUUGGUUUUAGUUCUUUUAUAGAUAUUAUCUGUAAACAUAGCUGUCUCAAUAGGUUGCUUUAUAAAUAUGACUCCAAUGGAGAUUGCUCUGCCUGGCUUGUUCUUAAGCAGAUAUACAGACCAUAAUAGCUUGUUUGUAGGGAAACAUUUCAUUCAAAGGUUUCGGCCUAUCAUUUAUAUGCAGAAAUGAAAAGCUUCAUUUCAGUUUAGUUUCUAGUUUAAGUAAUUGCAAAACUCUGCUGGACACAGACUAGGAAGGAAACAGUGCAAUUAAUUAUAGGCAGAAAUAAAUAUGACUCACACUACAUGUGCCACCCAACAUGUAUUUCACCACCCUAGCAAACAAAUCGCCAGCUAGGGCCAGUGCUGGUAUUCCAGGCUGGCAACCCUACCUAUAUAUCCCACCCUUCCCUGGCCCACAAAUAAGGUUGUGGUUUGCAUGAGCAUGGCCACUGUGCGGUUUUGUUGUGCGCGAAUAUAGCACCAAUUUUCACUUAUUGAAUAUAAAUUAGCAAUUUGCGAAAUCCAUUUAGCAAAUAUUUUUUACGCCAGCAAAGAUGUGGCUUAAUUUCGGACACAGAUUUGCAAUUAUGCCGUAUUUAAAAAAACUCUUAAGGACAAUCACACUGCGAAAAAAAAUUUCGCAACUAUGUUUGCACAUUAAAUGCACCAAUCUUAUUCAGCUUUAUAAAUAUAUAUAAUAAAUAACAGGGGCAGGGCAAAUAUGUUCAUUGUGCGAAUAAUUCUGCACUGCACGAACUUUAUAAAUGAGCCCCAGCAUCUGCCCUGCCCAUUUCCCUACCCCACACACCCAUUUCACCACCCUGUGACAUCAUCACUGUCCCAAGUGACAUCCCUGCCUGCCCCCCAAACUCGAAGGCCAGUAUUUUAAAGACAAAAAUGUGGCAACCCUAAGCACAUGGCCUACAAGGAACUAGAAUGUUAUCCACUAGAUACUGAAGUUCUUAAGUUUUCGUAAACUCCCAGAAUGGUCAGAUUUUGCCUGCACAAAGGGCAAGUUAGAACCAUGUGAAUCCCACAGUACAGUGGGGAUUACUAGUAGUCCAUCGAGUGCAGUUUCCUAAUUUUUAUGGUAUCAUUCAUUUCAAUUCAUAUAUCUUUAGGAAGCAGGGUGCAAGGAGUAAGAUUUGCUCUAUAUUCUUAUUGGAAAAUAUAGUAUUUCAUGUAGGAAGAUAAAUACAGGGCUUUGUUUAAGCAUAUUGCUACAAACACGUUGCUGCUUCUUCACAGGAAUAUUGGGAUCUGGAAAAUAAACACAGUGUUAAAGGAAUUCUUGGCAUUCAGAUAGGAUCACCAUGUACUCAAAAUGUGAAGACAUUCAAGUGUAAUUUGUUGUGUGCCUUAGAUAGCAUUACAGAAUACCCUAAUCAAUAGAACCUUAGUUUUUUUGCAAUAGCAUGAAAGACUGAAUGCUAGAGAGCUAGAAUAUAGUCUUAGGGAAAAAAAGCAUAUUACCUCAAAGUGAGUAUAAAUGUUUUCCUAGUAUUUGUACUAUACCCAAACUAUCCAGUUGCACACUUUUGUUUUGACUUGCUUCUAUUUAUUGUUAGUUAGAUACAAAAAUACGUUGUUAUAUGGUAUUUUAAUAAAGAUAUGAAAUCAAAGCAGUUACAGUCAUUGUAUUACUCAAAAUGCAAUAAAAACUUUUUUAUUCUCAUA